UUUUCUCUUUUUUUUUGGCUUUGGUUUUUUUUUUCUGUUAAAUCCGUUAACUUCUUUGCAUGGAUCCUAAUCGCCAUCGUCUCCAUCUCUGUUUUUCUGGUCCAUUCUAAUCGCGUUCAUUCACGGUAAAAAAGAAAGAGAAAGGAUUCUUGUAUGAUCAUACCAUGAUUUCUCACAAUGCGUUGGCUUCCACAAAUCUCGUUCUCGUCUCCAUCAUCUUCUUCUUCUCUCAAACCCCUGCCUUCUUACUCUGAAUCUCCGGAUCAAGAUCGGAAUCUAUACCGGGAUCGAUUUCAUCGCCGCUUGUUCCGUUUCAACCGUGGCAGGCUCACGCGUCAGAGGAAGCUCCGUCACUUAACCAAUGACGAUGUCUUGGCAGAACGUCAUGCAUCAACGUCUAAUUCUUCCACGGUUAACACCGGUUUAACUCGGUCUUCAAGCGCUUACACGGCGGCUCCUCGCUCGCCUCCGGCACUUCUCUUACCGUUGCCUCUUCCGUUACCAGAGGUCGUCGCCGGAGAUUCCAAGAAUAGGGUUACCUCGCCAAGUCCUCCUCUCACCAGCGUGGUCAAUGGCUCGAGAAGAGCCUCGGAGAAUUCUUCAUAUCAAGACUCGAGAGGCAAGAAUGGUUAUUGGUUGAACAUACCAACCAUGAGUGCUCCAACGAGUCCAUACAUGAGUCCUGUGCCUAGUCCAAAAAGAACGAGCAAUACUGGCCAAGAUUUGCGUUUGUUUUACUUGCCUCCCAAGAGCAAUCAAGCAUGGUCAGCUCCAGAUAUGCCACUUGAUACCUCUGGACUUCCUCCUCCUGCGUUUUACGACAUCACUGCUUUUAGCACAGACAACUCUCCAAUCCAUACACCACAACCUCGAAGCCCACGAAGACAUAUGAGCCCACAACAGAGCAGACCAUCUUCACCAUUGCACUCUCCUACACCACACUCCAAUGUUCAUCCUUUGCCACUCCCUCCUGGAGCUUCUUGCCCUUCUUCUUCAUCACCUGCUUCAGUUCAGGCUCCUCUCAAACGUGAUUCUUUCCCUAUGAAUUCACAGUGGAAGAAAGGGAAGCUAAUAGGCCGUGGCACGUUUGGUAGCGUUUACGUUGCAAGCAACAGUGAAACAGGAGCGUUGUGUGCAAUGAAGGAAGUCGAGUUGUUCCCUGAUGACCCCAAAUCUGAAGAGUGUAUAAAACAAUUAGAGCAAGAGAUCAAGCUUCUUAGUAACCUUCAACACCAAAACAUUGUGCAGUAUUUUGGUAGUGAGAUAGUAGAAGACCGUUUCUUUAUCUACCUUGAAUAUGUUCACCCUGGCUCAAUCAACAAAUACAUCCGUGAACAUUGUGGAACCAUGACAGAAUCUGUUGUUCGUAGUUUCACUCGACACAUUCUCUCAGGGCUGGCUUAUCUGCACAGCAAAAAGACAGUACAUAGAGAUAUCAAAGGUGCUAAUCUCCUUGUUGAUGCUUCAGGAGUUGUCAAGCUUGCUGACUUCGGCAUGGCUAAGCACCUUACAGGACAAAGAGCCGAUCUCUCUUUAAAAGGAAGCCCUUACUGGAUGGCACCAGAGCUCAUGCAAGCCGUGAUGCAAAAAGAUACAAACCCUGAUCUAGCUUUUGCUGUUGAUAUAUGGAGUUUAGGAUGCACAAUCAUUGAGAUGUUCACUGGGAAGCCUCCUUGGAGUGAGUUUGAAGGUGCUGCAGCUAUGUUCAAGGUCAUGAGAGAUACCCCACCGGUACCUGAAUCGAUGUCACACGAGGGUAAAGAUUUUCUAAGGUUAUGUUUUCAGAGAAAUCCAGCUGAGAGACCAACCGCUUCUAUGUUGCUAGAACACCGGUUCCUAAAGAACUCUCUCCAACCAACCUCACCUAGUGAUGUCUCAAGUUGCUCUCAGUUAUUUAUCGGGAUGAACAUAAAGGAACCAAACAUAACUAGAAGGGAGAAACCAAAUUUCAAACUAGAUCAGGUUCCUCGUGCUAGAAAUGUGACAUCAUCCUCAGAGAGUGAAAGUUGGCAACAGCAACAGAAACAGUACCGGUCUCCUGAUAUAACCGGAACAAUGUCCCGUCUCUCCCCUCGUUCCACUCUUGAGGAUAUUCCAAGUCCGUCUCCUUCCCAACAACCUAAGCCAAGCACUGACCGGAGAAGAAUGUAUGUCUCUUCAGAUCUCGUUUGA